CUGCCUAUGACUACGAGUCUCAAAAUACUGACGAACUUAGCUUUAAAGAGGGAAACGUUAUGACAGUCAUCAGGAGAGGCGAUGAUCAGGAGCGCGACUGGUGGUGGGCCAGGGGUGACGACCAGGAGGGCUAUGUGCCCCGCAAUCUGCUCGGAAUUGCAGAGUCUGUAAUCAGUUGUAUCCGAGAGUCAAAUCCAAUAAAGAGCUUCAAACCAUUGCUGAAGAACACAAUGAAUGACUUCAAUAAACAGUCUUAUGAUGACAUGAAUGGCUCGAUUCCGUCCAAUACAUACCUAACUGUGAUUAGGCUAUAG